UGCCGCCGGAGCGAAUGACUGCUCGCCCCGCGACCCCUCCCUGGCGCCGGAGCCCCAGCUCCGCCCCUCGCCGAGCCGCCCGCUCCGAGUCUGCAGGGAGAGCUCGCCCAGCUCUGCGGACGCCGCCACCCUCGUCGCCUCUUCCUCCUGUCGCCCGCUUGCGGGGACUGCGCCCCGCGGCCUCGCUGUCCUGGGAGGGCGGCCGGGUCCGCGCGGCAGCUGAGCGCUCGGUGCGGCGCAGCCAGGUCUCCCCCCUGCGCGGAGUAGUGACAGGUGCAGAGUCUGGACUGAAGAUCCACCUGCAGCCUUCGCCGCGAUGUCCACCAUGCGCAGGACCGUGUCGGAGAUCCGCUCCCGCGCGGAGGGAUAUGAGAAGACUGAUGAUGUUUCAGAGAAGACCUCACUGGCAGACCAGGAAGAAAUACGGACUAUAUUCAUCAACCAGCCCCAGCUGACGAAAUUCUGCAACAACCAUGUCAGCACUGCAAAGUACAACAUAAUCACCUUCCUCCCACGAUUUCUCUACUCUCAGUUCAGAAGAGCCGCCAAUUCAUUUUUCCUCUUUAUUGCACUGCUUCAGCAAAUACCUGAUGUAUCGCCAACUGGUCGCUACACGACACUGGUUCCUCUCUUAUUUAUUUUAGCUGUGGCAGCUAUCAAAGAGAUAAUAGAAGACAUUAAACGACAUAAAGCUGAUAAUGCAGUGAACAAGAAACAGACACAAGUGUUGAGAAAUGGUGCUUGGGAAAUUGUGCACUGGGAAAAGGUAAAUGUUGGAGAUAUAGUUAUAAUAAAAGGCAAAGAGUAUAUACCUGCUGACACUGUACUUCUCUCAUCAAGUGAGCCCCAGGCCAUGUGCUACAUUGAAACAUCCAACUUAGAUGGUGAAACAAACCUGAAAAUCAGACAGGGCUUACCAGUAACGUCGGAUAUAAAAGACAUUGACAGUUUGAUGAGAAUUUCUGGCAGAGUCGAGUGUGAAAGUCCAAACAGGCAUCUCUACGAUUUUGUUGGAAACAUACGGCUUGAUGGACAUGGCACUGUUCCCCUGGGCGCAGAUCAGAUUCUUCUUCGAGGUGCUCAGCUGAGAAAUACACAGUGGGUGAUUGGGAUCGUUGUCUACACUGGGCACGACACCAAGCUGAUGCAGAAUUCAACAAGUCCACCACUUAAACUCUCAAAUGUGGAACGAAUUACAAAUGUGCAGAUUUUGAUUUUAUUUUGUAUCUUAAUUGCCAUGUCCCUUAUCUGUUCUGUGGGCUCAGCCAUUUGGAAUCGAAGGCAUUCUGGGAAGGACUGGUACCUCAAUCUAAAUUAUGGUGGCGCUAAUAAUUUUGGGCUGAAUUUCUUGACCUUCAUCAUCCUUUUCAAUAAUCUCAUUCCUAUCAGCUUGUUGGUUACACUGGAAGUGGUGAAAUUUACUCAGGCAUACUUCAUAAAUUGGGAUCUCGACAUGCACUAUGAACCCACAGACACUGCUGCUAUGGCUCGAACAUCUAACCUGAAUGAGGAGCUUGGCCAGGUAAAAUACAUAUUUUCUGACAAAACGGGUACUCUGACGUGCAAUGUAAUGCAGUUUAAGAAGUGCACCAUAGCUGGAGUUGCUUAUGGGCAGAGCUCACAGUUUGGAGAUGAAAAAACAUUUAGUGAUUCAUCACUGCUGGAAAAUCUCCAAAAUAAUCAUCCAACCGCACCUGUCAUAUGUGAAUUUCUGACAAUGAUGGCAAUCUGUCACACGGCGGUACCAGAGCGAGAAGGCGAUAAGAUUAUUUAUCAAGCAGCGUCUCCAGAUGAGGGAGCCUUGGUCAGAGCAGCCAAGCAAUUGAAUUUUGUUUUCAGUGGACGGACACCUGACUCGGUGAUUAUAGAUUCACUGGGGCAAGAGGAAAGAUACGAGUUGCUCAGCGUCCUGGAGUUCACCAGCGCCAGGAAGAGAAUGUCGGUGAUCGUCCGCACUCCAUCCGGGAAGUUACGACUUUACUGCAAAGGGGCUGACACUGUCAUUUACGAUCGACUGGCAGAGACCUCAAAAUACAAAGAAAUCACCCUAAAACAUCUAGAGCAGUUUGCUACAGAAGGAUUAAGAACUUUGUGUUUUGCUGUGGCCGAGAUCUCAGAGAGCGACUUUCAGGAGUGGCGAGCGGUCUAUCAGCGCGCAUCGACGUCUGUGCAGAACAGGCAGCUCAAACUGGAGGAGAGUUACGAGUUAAUUGAAAAGAAUCUUCAGCUACUGGGAGCCACAGCCAUUGAGGAUAAAUUACAAGAUCAAGUGCCUGAAACCAUAGAGACUCUCAUGAAAGCAGACAUCAAAAUCUGGAUCCUUACAGGGGACAAGCAAGAAACUGCCAUUAACAUCGGACACUCCUGCAAACUUCUGAGAAAGAACAUGGGAAUGAUUGUUAUAAAUGAAGGCUCGCUUGAUGGAACGAGGGAGACUCUCAGUCGCCACUGCGUUACCCUCGGCGAUGCUCUCCGGAAAGAGAAUGACUUCGCUCUUAUAAUUGAUGGGAAGACCCUCAAGUACGCCCUGACUUUUGGGGUGCGGCACUAUUUCCUGGACUUGGCUUUGUCCUGCAAAGCUGUUAUUUGCUGCAGGGUUUCUCCUCUUCAAAAAUCUGAAGUCGUUGAGAUGGUCAAGAAGCAAGUCAAAGUCAUAACCCUUGCAAUCGGCGAUGGAGCCAACGAUGUGAGCAUGAUACAGACAGCACACGUCGGGGUCGGCAUCAGUGGUAACGAAGGCCUCCAGGCAGCCAAUUCUUCCGAUUACUCCAUAGCUCAGUUCAAGUAUUUGAAGAAUUUAUUGAUGGUUCAUGGUGCCUGGAACUACAACAGAGUCUCCAAGUGCAUUUUGUACUGCUUCUACAAGAAUAUAGUCCUCUACAUCAUCGAGAUCUGGUUUGCCUUCGUUAAUGGCUUUUCGGGACAGAUCCUCUUUGAGAGAUGGUGUAUAGGUCUUUAUAAUGUGAUGUUCACCGCAAUGCCUCCCUUAACUCUCGGAAUCUUUGAGAGAUCGUGCAGAAAAGAGAAUAUGCUGAAGUAUCCUGAAUUGUACAAAACAUCUCAGAACGCCCUGGACUUCAACACCAAGGUUUUCUGGGUUCAUUGUUUAAAUGGCCUCUUCCACUCAGUUAUUCUGUUUUGGUUUCCACUAAAAGCCCUUCAGUAUGGUACUGUGUUCGGAAAUGGGAAGACCUCGGACUACCUGCUGUUGGGGAACUUUGUUUACACUUUUGUGGUGAUAACUGUGUGUUUGAAAGCUGGAUUGGAAACAUCCUAUUGGACAUGGUUCAGCCACAUAGCAAUCUGGGGCAGCAUCGCACUCUGGGUGGUGUUUUUUGGAAUCUACUCAUCUCUGUGGCCUGCUGUUCCGAUGGCACCUGACAUGUCAGGAGAGGCAGCCAUGCUGUUCAGCUCCGGGGUCUUCUGGACGGGUCUGCUCUUCAUCCCUGCGGCCUCCCUGCUGCUCGACGUGGCCUACAAGGUUAUCAAGAGGACUGCAUUUAAAACGUUAGUAGAUGAAGUUCAGGAGCUAGAGGCGAAAUCACAAGACCCCGGAGCAGUCGUGCUUGGAAAAAGCCUCACUGAGAGGGCACAGCUGCUCAAGAACGUCUUUAAGAAGAACCACGUAAAUCUGUACCGGUCUGAGUCACUGCAACAAAACCUGCUCCACGGGUAUGCUUUCUCUCAAGAUGAAAAUGGAAUCGUCUCACAGUCAGAAGUGAUUAGGGCCUAUGAUACCACAAAGCAGAGACCUGAUGAAUGGUGAUGGGGAGGGGCCGCCCAGCAGGCGCUGCUGUGUCUACGGAGAGCCGCCUCCGCCGGAAUCUGCCGACCAAUUCCAGCCUGGUCCAAGGAGGUGAAAGGUGGAUCUGAGCUCCUGUCCUUGACUGACGUUCAGAUACAUGUGUAUUAUUGACAUAAGCACUGUGCAACUCUACUGUAACACCAUCUCUUUCAGAUUUUUUGAAGUUUUUGCUAAGUCUUUGUAAACAGUAAUUGGAAAUGACCUUGUAUCUUGCCAGAGUGCUUUCUUAAACUGCAAAUAGGUCAGUAUUCUUAAGCUGUUACUCUGGGGCUGUAACUAUCCAUUUAGUGGAUAUACCACAAGAUGACCAACCAUUAAAAAACUCUAAAAUGGGAAUAAGUGAAUGGGACUCUUGAUAUCCAGACUUAGAUUUCAGAAUAUGCUGACAAAAAAGAAAACCAGCAUUCUUAAGGAACUGACUCAACUUACUGAGAAAAAUUUCUAAACAAGACAUGAAUAAGUGUUUGUGUCAAAAAUUAUCUCGAUAAAUGUUUGCCAAAGAAGUUUAAUACAUGUAUUUUUCAUUCAGUAGUCAUUUGCCCAGAACUUUGAGAGAAAGUUUACCUCCAAUUCUGCUAUGAGAUCUGCAUGCUUGACUUUUCAAAUAUAAGAGUGAUUUGCAAACAAAAAAAUGAGUAUUUCAAGGCAUUUGCUACUAAAAUCUGUGAUGUUGCACCUUUGGCCUUACAAAUGCUUCUCUCUUGUUUGUUGUCUUUAUUUGUUAAGUUAGAGGACACACGUGGUGAUGUGAUUCUGCAUUAUGAUACUGAUUUUUAAAACCGUAUGUCUCAGUCAUUUCUAAUGAGGUUUCAUCGUCACUUAGAUUUUUCUAAAAAUUGGCUUCUGCUGUAGAUUGAGUAAUGUCAUUUUGUCUUAAAGUUUUCUCUCUUAAGCAAAAUAUGCUUACAUAUUCAUGUGGUAUUUCUAAUGCUCCUGUCGAGAUGUUUGAAGCAUCAUGUCGGGCAAAUGCAUGGGCUUCUGUACUGUGUUUCGAUUCUCCCUGUUCGUUCCCACUAGAGACGUCUGCUGUCUUAUGUAGCCCUGUGUUAGGCUGACCGCCCUCUACUUACGACCGAGAAUUACUGCACAGUUCACUUGUUGAGCAGCUGCCAAAAUCAGUCACAUACUGCUGAUUGGGACAAAUAAAUAGUACAUUUUCCCCAUUUAAAAAUACCUAUUGUAUUCAGAAAGCCUAUGACUUUACAGUCAAAGAACACUUUUCAUCGUGACUUGGUUCCAUUAAUAUGCUUUAAAAUGUAUUUUCAGUUUGAUUAUUUCCUGCAUUUUCAAGACAUCUAAAAAUGCCUGUUUUGCUACCAACAAAUGGUGAAGGGGCUGUUUUGAAACCACAACCGGUUUUCUACACUAUUUUUAAAACAAUGCUUUCAUUUAGGAAAAAAUAAAAAAGGAAUACUAGUUUUCAGGUACACUUCAGAGAUUGAAGCAAACUUUUUGCCUUUUACUCAAAAGCCUGUUUGCCUUUAAAGUGGACUUACCAGCAAAAUGGGUAGAAGUUCCUCUUUCAAAUAAAGUCAACUAGAAUUGAGAGGUGAUUUUUUCCAAAUCACUCCUUGAGGUUAAUAAUUUCACAUUCUCUUUGCCCUUUUUCUCAAUCUAGAUCUAACAUGAGGCUGUACAUCAUUUCCUUCUCAGUGUUUUUAGCUAUUUGGUUACAAGCACGCCUCCCACAUUUUCUACAAACAAGAGAGGUUAUAACACAUACAUAAUUCUAAUCUAAAAGGGGCAAGGAGUUGACAUACUUCAUUCCUCACACCCUUGCCUUUUGGGGUUCAGAUUAAGAGAAUCGUGAAUCAAAACAUCUCACAAGACCACAGGUAUAAGCUUGUCUUCAAAAUUCCAAAGUCACAGACUUGAACGGUCUACCGAAUGCAUAUUCGGAGUGGCUUUUCUGGGCCUCCCAGCAGUGAUGGUUGCAGUUCAACCACACAAACUAAACAACAAGAAUGACGUGCCUCCCUCCAGAGAAAGCCGAAUGGCAGAUACAGACAACACUCGCCCUCACCCCACCAGGGGCAUCGUCUCCAAAACUUUAAUAGCAAAAUAGGAUGACUGCAAUACAAUGGAAUUUUAUGACUUAAGAAAACUGAAAGUUUCAUGUUAUCUCGAAACAUGGAUUGUUUCUAUGGCGCUCUUCAACGUAAGCAGAAUGCUCAUGGUUAAUAAUGUAUAGACACAUGAUUGGACAUAUGACUGAUUUAUGUGGGGGCUUUUUGCCCCAUGGCUCUCUACUUGAAUGAUCAAUAUUACGUCAAUUUCUUCCCUUCUUUGGUGGGAGUGGGGGAUGGACAUCAGGGAGUGAUCUCCUUGGUAAAACUUACAGAUUGCAAGGCAGUGACUUUAUAGUGUUAAACUAGAGAAAACCCUCUGAUUUUUCCACCUUCCCAAGGAGAAAAAAAAAUGAAACGCAAUCUUAGCAGGAUUCCAAUAAAUAGCUGAAGUGACUUUCCAUGAGUAUUUUCUGAAAUAAAGGACAUGUACUCUUCAAUUAAUGGUAAUGCUAACACCAUUGCUUCAUAAUGUUUACAAUUCAGAAAAUACCACUUACAGCAGAAAAUCCUCAUUUGUUUUGCAUGGAAAAGCUGGGAGUUGCUUCACUGAUAUUGAAUAGGACACAGUGACAUUGCGCCUGAACUUUCUAAAUGUUUUAUAUAACACAUAAAAAUAUAUUGGUGUUUCACACCCAGAAAGAUGCUAUAUGGUAGAAAUGAUUAGCAGGAAAAUGGUGUUUCUCAGGAAUGUAGUAAAUCUGAAAUGAUGAAUGUGCUGCCCACCCUCCCGUGCCCCGCUCUGUCUGAUGUGAGCCUGCUACGGCAGUGUUUCGAAGCUAACGGAAGACUUUUUCUAAUCAAGUCAGGUGAAUGUGUGCUCACCUCCAUAAUAUCAGCCAUUUACAUAAAUUGUAUGGUCAUUAAAUGGAAUCAAUAAUUCCUCUAAAUUUCCAGAGGGGGGAAAUAAAUGCAAGAAAUCAGCAUUUAUUCUGAUUGUUACAUUUUAUCUUUUAAUUUUGCAAUUCAGCCUUCUAAAUGUCCAAGAUGAGAGUCACAUGAUGGGGGCGGAGCAUGGUGCCCGCUGUCCCUCACCUGUAGUCUGUCAUCUCAGACGUUCUUUCAGGAAAGGAAUGCUAGUUAGAAAGUCAUAGAUUGUAUGUUUGUAGUUUUCAAAUUAUCUAUAACAAUGUCAUUAUUACAGACCUGAAUAAUCGCUAGUGUUUAUUUUUGUGCAGAUGACCUUUGUCAGUUCCCAGUUUUAAAGCAUAUUAUCAAAUAAGUCUAUACUCUCAUAAUCAUCUACAAAAUUUAUUGAGAAAAGGCCCACCCCAUUCAGUCAUACAGGCCAAGUCUGUGAAUCCCUUCUGCCAAUUAUUUAAUGUAACAUCAUGCAGUUGGUUACCUAAGUAAUGCUUUUGAAUGAUGAAUAUUUCCAUAAUGCCUCUUAAAGAGACCAUAGUCUGAUCGUUCUCAUGUUAAAAUGACUGCAGUCACUUGUGAAACUCAGUUAUACUUUGCUGCAUUUUAAUUAACCUUCAACAGCUAUUAAAAUGGAAUGUAAGUUAAAUUUUGAAGGAAAGGAAAUAAAUGUUUUCCAUUUUCCAUCUCGAUUCAUUUUCUGUAAGAGAGCAGCUGUGUUUUUGAUAGGCUUGUGGUUUGCAUGAAUUCAUAUUUAAAGUGGUCCAGACCAACGCAUGGCUAUUGCUGUAAAUCUUGGUGUUUAUUUUGCCUUUUGAAAUUCUAUCAUGGCUUACCUGAAGUUUAAUAUUCAGUGGGCAAAUUAACUGGUCCUCCGCACAACUUUUGUUUAAUAAGUAAAUUAUGUUACAAACAAAUCUGAACAAAUUUAAUUGAAACUUUUGUUUAGCUUACCUCUGAGAAUUUUUCUCAAUAAAACUCACAGAACUUCUCAGCAAAUAAAUCUCCCUUAAGUAGGAAAAAAGCUAGAUUUCAUACCUGCUUACUUUGAAUUAACAGCAACUUUCCAUAGGUAAAUCUCCUCGUACAAAGAUGUGAGCGAAAUAUUAAAGAAGUAAAUAUUUUUACAUUUCAUGGUUCUAGAAUAGAAGCCAUAAAUGCAGUAAAUACUGUUGGUUGGUUGUUUUAUUACUUGAAGCUUCCUUUUUCACAUUUUCAAGACUAUUAGGUUAUUUUUUAAGCAGCCUUGGAAGGCAGCUAUUGUACUGUGGGAAACUGCAGUUUGCAUUAAAGAUAAACUAGUAUUUUCAGCUCCAUGAAAAACCAUUCCUGCUGAAACUGCUGUAGAAAUUGUGAAGCUGCAUGAGUGAAGAGUGUUGAAUCUGUGACUGUAGUAGUUUCCUCAGGUCUGUUUAUCUCGAUGUUCAAUGCACUGUGUUUUGUAAAUAGUGAUUACUGUUCAUUAAUACCGAACUCGGUGCACCAUUGUGUGUCAUUGGCCUUCUGUGAAUGUGCAUGUUUUAAACUGCAAAUUUUAAACCUUUUGUCCUCUAAUUGUUAUUUAAAAUGAAAUAAACUUUACCAUUACAUAAAGAAAACUGUUAGUUUU